AUGCGUCCCUCUACAAGUAUGUUUCGCGCAUGCGCCCACGCUGGUGUGCCUCGCGGUGCAAGAAGGCCAUUGCGUGUCACCCACAUUCCUGCGCCCACAUGCCUCUCUCACACGCCGCGAACGUCAAUCGCCAAACGUCCUUCAAUAUCGCCAGUUUUGUCACGAGCACGGAUACCAGCCACAGCCCGCUUUGAGUCCAGCGCAGCCUCCCCUCCGACAUCGACCAAUGCUCCAGAGUCACGGCUAGAUCGAGACCAAGUGCCCUCCUACGAGCUCACAUUCACAUGCAAUGUCUGCAAGACGCGCUCCUCGCAUCGGCUGUCGAAACAAGGGUACCACCACGGGACUGUCCUGAUAUCAUGUCCGGAUUGCAAGAACAGACAUCUGAUUAGCGACCAUCUCAAGAUCUUUUCAGACAAGUCUGUCACGAUAGAAGACCUCAUGCGGGAAAAAGGUAGCCUCAUCAAGAAGGGCUCACUAAGCGCAGAAGGCGACGUAGAGUUCUGGGACGACGGCACCUCCACCCCUCGAUCGGCCCAUUUCCAUCCAGAAUCAAAGCCUAAAGGCGAAAACCGCUUCACGGAGCCACCGCCUUCUUCAGAAACACCAAAAAAAUAG